AUGCAUCUCCGAGACCUAUGCAACAACCUAAUGCCGAUUCUACUGCGCCGACAUCGAGAUUCCCAGAACAAAACCUUCCCCGAAAGCAGCCACCUGCAUCACCCACCAUCUCUCAACAAUAUCCUGGUUGCAGUUCUCGGACUUUGUGUUGAGCGAGCUCGUGCCAAAAAUGGACUUAUUUUGCCCAAAUCCUCCGGGGUUUCCAUGAUUGUGAACCUGCGUCGCCACUUUCAGCCCCCUCUGCCGGAUCAUUACAUUGGCAACGCAGUCAGAGUUGCCCGAGUCAUUUACCAUCGUUCAGGCGACGACUUAUGCGCUGACUCUGAAAUUGACACCGACUCUCUCGCAGGGCUUCCAUCUUCUCUCGAUAAACAGGAACUCCUCUACCUAGCAAACGUCGCCUUCCGAAUCAGCGCCGUGGCAAAGUCUACUAGUGAUGAGCAUAUUCAAGGUCUGUUUUCCAACCUGAACGACCGAAUCAACGGGAACGAUACACCGGACCAAGGCCCAGAUCUCUGGGUGUCUAGCUGGAGACAUUUAUCGGUUUACGAGCUGGACUUUGGCCCAGGGAUGGGAAAGAUCGAUAGUUUCGAGUCUCCACCCGGUAUGGUUGACGGUGCGUGUGUUAUUUUGCCGGCAAGCAAGGAGAGUAGAGGGAAUAAUGAACCAGCGCCGUGA